UUUGAGGUGGCGGCUUAUUACAAGGGCUGGCAUUUUGGGGCACCCCAUCUUAAAUUGAACUACUUGUGGACAGCCUCAUUCGGGGUUAAGGAUGUUUUCGACUGGUUUUAUUCGAAAUGGGUUUUGAUUCGGGUUGAAUAUUUGGCUCCUCCUCUGCAAUUUUUGGCCAAUGUUUGUAUAGUAUUGUUCCUUAUUCAGACUCUGGAUAGGCUGAUUCUUUGUCUGGGCUGUUUCUGGAUCCGAUUCAAGAAAAUCAAACCAGUCCCUAAUGUUGCUGCCUUGGAUCUUGAAUCUGGAGAGAAUGGCUACUUCCCCAUGGUUCUUGUUCAAAUCCCAAUGUGCAAUGAGAAAGAGGUUUAUCAGCAAUCGAUUGCUGCUGUCUGCAACUUGGACUGGCCAAAAGAUAAGCUACUGAUUCAGGUUCUUGAUGACUCGGAUGACCCGAUCACCCAAUUGUUGAUCAAGGAAGAGGUUGAAAAAUGGCAGCAACUCGACGCCCACAUUGAGUACCGGCACCGGUUGAUCCGAGAGGGGUAUAAGGCGGGCAAUCUCAAAUCUGCCAUGAAUUGCAGCUAUGUCAAAGACUAUGAAUUUGUUGCAAUCUUUGAUGCUGAUUUUCAACCUGCCCCUGAUUUCCUUAAAAGAACUGUUCCUCAUUUUAAGGAUAAUGAGGAACUAGGACUAGUUCAAGCACGGUGGUCCUUCGUUAACAAGGACGAGAACUUGUUAACCAGGCUGCAGAACGUUAACUUAGCCUUCCAUUUCGAGGUCGAGCAGCAGGUGAAUAGCGUGUUUCUGAAUUUCUUUGGAUUCAAUGGAACGGCUGGUGUUUGGAGGAUAAAGGCUCUUGAAGAAGCCGGUGGAUGGUUGGAGAGGACCACUGUUGAGGAUAUGGACAUUGCAGUUCGUGCUCAUCUUCAUGGAUGGAAAUUCAUAUUCCUCAACGAUGUAGAGUGCCACUGUGAGUUACCAGAAUCGUAUGAAGCGUAUAGAAAACAACAGCACAGAUGGCACUCUGGACCAAUGCAACUGUUUCGUCUUUGCUUGCCCGACAUAGUUCGAUCAAAGAUUAGCAUAUCCAAGAAAUUCAACUUGAUUUUCCUGUUCUUUCUCCUUCGGAAGCUGAUACUACCGUUUUAUUCAUUUACCCUUUUCUGCAUAAUUCUCCCAAUGACGAUGUUCAUUCCCGAAGCCGAGCUACCUGCGUGGGUUGUAUGUUACAUUCCAGCCACCAUGUCUUUUCUCAACAUCCUUCCAGCACCAAAAUCCUUCCCCUUCAUUGUCCCUUACCUCCUCUUUGAGAACACAAUGUCAGUAACUAAGUUCAAUGCGAUGGUCUCGGGUCUCUUCCAGCUGGGUAGUGCAUACGAAUGGGUUGUUACGAAGAAGUCAGGCCGCUCCUCGGAGGGCGAUCUCGUCUCAAUGGUCGGGAAGAAGGAUCUGAACAAUGAAAAGAGCUUCUCCACAAACAAUCUGGAGGAGAUUGAGUUGAUCCAAAAACAGGAAAACAAGUUGCCAAAGAAGAAACAUAACAGAAUAUACAUGAAGGAGCUAGCACUGGCUUUCCUUCUUCUAACAGCCUCAGCUAGAAGCCUCUUAUCAGCUCAAGGGAUUCAUUUCUACUUCUUGAUGUUUCAGGGCAUCUCCUUCCUCCUCGUCGGUCUAGACUUGAUCGGCGAGCAGGUUGCUUGAAACAAAAGCUCCCGCAGUUCAUCCGAAAACAAGAUUUCCAACCACAUCAAAGUUCCAAAAUGUUUGGAACUGAAAACUACACUUCACUGCUUAAAAGAUUACGUUCAACAUCUGUUGGCAGCAAUCUUCGUCCCGUCCGAGUUCUCCACCUUCGUUACCGCCAAAUUCGUCGACGUAAUGAGAAGGAAAAUGCAAAACAGAAGCGGAAUGGUGAAGAUAUAUAAGAUUGAUUUAAUUUUGCUUCUGUUGGGGUGGGGGGGGUGUCUUUGUGGCAACUCUUUCACAAGAAGCCAGGAGUCAAACAUGAACAGAUAGGAUUUGUUUCAGCCUGCAGGCAGAGAAUAGGAGCAGUCUGUGUUCUUUUGGUUAUUAAUUUUAUUUUCUUCCCUUUGUCAAUAAAGUAUGGGUAUAAUAUUAGUUUUCUUUGUUGUGUCAAUAAACUAUGUGAAUUACAUUAGUUGUGUGUCAGUGUCAAUAUAAAUGUUUGGCAGAAUGUCCUCAAACUCUUUAAUUCGCUUCGUUUAUAAAUGGCAUCAACAAAACCAA